GGAUCUGAGUCUACACUGAAGAACUGUGGAUCAUUAGGAUGGGGUCAAAGCACCUGUGAUCAUAAUAAAGAUGCUGGAGUCAUCUGCUCAGAAGUCAGGCUGGUUGGAGGUUCUCGCUGCUCUGGGAGGUUAGAGAUACUUGAUAAUCAGUCGUGGGUUUCAGUGUGUGCUGCUGCCUUUGACCAGCAGGAUGCAGAGGUUGUGUGUAGAGAGCUGGACUGUGGGGCUCCUGUACAGGUGCUGGGAGAAGAUGCUUUUGGCAAAGAAGACGCUCAGUUGUGGACACAAGAGAUUCAGUGCAGAGGAAAUGAGUCUCAGAUUCACCUCUGUCCAACAUCACCAUCACAUGAAAACAAUUGUUCUCAUGACCAAAACAUUGGUUUGCAGUGUACCGACAUAGUAAAUGUGAGGUUGGUUGGUGGUCACAGUCGCUGUGCUGGUAGAGUGGAGGUUCAUCAUAGAGGUCAGUGGGGAACAGUGUGUGGUGCUGGUUGGGAUAUGGCUGAUGCUGCAGUGGUGUGUAGAGAGCUGGACUGUGGAGAACCUGUAGAUGCAUUGAGUGAUGCUCAUUUUGGAUUGGGAUUAAAACCGAUUUUUAGGAUGAAAAAUGCAAUGUGUACUGGUUCAGAGUCUACACUUAAGAAAUGUGGAUUCAUGCAACCAACUGAACCCGAUGUGUGUCUUGAUAAGAGCGCUCAAGUCAUUUGUUCAGGUAAGCUAAAAAUCCUGUCUUAAUGUACAAAACAAUUACACCAAAAGCAGUCAUAAUUACAUAUUUCAUGACUAUUUUCCACUUUCUUUCUUUUUUUUACUACAUGAACUGUUAAUUUCGGACUUUUAUAAUCAGGGACCUUGUUAAAUAUAAACUUUAGAAGCUUGUUUCUAACUCUACAUUUUAAUGUAAUGUUUUAAUGUAAUGUAAAAGGAUUUUUUAGACAUUGUUGACAUGAAAAUGUGGGUGGAUUUUUACAGUAACAAUAACUAUAUACUGUUUUCUAUAUAAGCAUCUUACUUUCAAGGUUUUUGUUGUACUGGGAAAACUUUUGCUGACAUGUAUAAUGUUUUCAUAGUAAAUAUUUUUUUUAUUUCAGAAGAUAAAGGAAAAUGAUUUCUCAUUAUAUGAUUGAUGUAUUGAUUGACUGACUCAUUAUUGAAGUUCUAUAACUUUAAAUUUUGUUCUUUCCUGUGUUCUUUCAGGAGUCAGGCUGGUUGGUGGUUCUCGCUGCUCUGGGAGGUUAGAGAUACUUGAUAAUCAGUCGUGGGUUUCAGUGUGUGCUGCUGCCUUUGACCAGCAGGAUGCAGAGGUUGUGUGUAGAGAGCUGGACUGUGGGGCUCCUGUACAGGUGCUGGGAGAAGAUGCUUUUGGAAAAGGAGACGCUCAGAUGUGGACACAAGAGAUUCAGUGCAGAGGAAAUGAGUCUCAGAUUCACCUCUGUCCAACAUCACCAUCACAUAAAAAUGCCUGUUCAAAUGAAAAUAAUGUUGGCUUAUUGUGUGCAGACAUUAUGAGAGUGAGGUUGGUUGGUGGUCACAGUCGCUGUGCUGGUAGAGUGGAGGUUCAUCAUAGAGGUCAGUGGGGAACAGUGUGUGAUCUUGGCUGGGAUAUGGCUGAUGCUGCAGUGGUGUGUAGAGAGCUGGACUGUGGAGAACCUGUAGAUGCUUUAGGAGGUGCUCACUUUGGACCAGGAUCAGGAUCAAUCUGGACAAAUCGCAGUUUAUGUACUGGAUCAGAGUCUACACUGAAGAACUGUGGAUCAGUAAUUUGGGGUCUAUAUGACUGUGAUCAUACAAAAGAUGCAGGAGUCAUCUGCUCAGGUGUCAGGCUUAUUGGAAACUCCAGCUGUUCUGGGAGAAUUGAAGUUCUUGAUGAUCAGUCGUGGGUUUCAGUGUGUGCUGCUGCCUUUGACCAGCAGGAUGCAGAGGUUGUGUGUAGAGAGCUGGACUGUGGGGCUCCUGUACAGGUGCUGGGAGAAGAUGCUUUUGGCAAAGGAGACGCUCAGAUGUGGACACAAAAGAUUCAGUGCAGAGGAAAUGAGUCUCAGAUUCACCUCUGUCCAACAUCCUUACACAAAAACAGCUGUUCAAAUGAUAAUUACCAGGGGCUGUUCUGUGCUGAUAAAAAGAAUGUGAGGUUGGUUGGUGCUAACAGUCGCUGUGCUGGUAGAGUGGAGGUUCUUCAUAGAGGUCAGUGGGGAACAGUGUGUGAUGAUGGCUGGGAUAUGAUUGAAGCUGCAGUGGUGUGUAGAGAGCUGGACUGUGGAGAACCUGUAGAUGCUCCGGGUGAUGCUCAUUUUGUACAAGGAUCAGGACCAAUCUGGAUGUAUACUGUGUUAUGUACUGGAUCAGAGACUACACUGAAGAACUGUGGGUCAUCAGGAUGGAGCAUACAUAAGUGUACCCACCAUUGUGAUGCUGGUGUCAUCUGUUCGGGUCAUAAACCUUCCAGACUGGUUAAUGGAUCUCACCUCUGCUCUGGGAGGUUAGAGAUACUUGAUGAUCAGACGUGGGUUUCAGUGUGUGCUGCUGCCUUUGACCAGCAGGAUGCAGAGGUUGUGUGUAGAGAGCUGGACUGUGGGGCUCCUGUACAGGUGCUGGGAGAAGAUGCUUUUGGAAAAGGAGACGCUCGGAUGUGGACACAAGAGAUUCAGUGCAGAGGAAAUGAGUCUCAGAUUUCAUUUUGUUCAACAUCAUCAACACACAAACACAGCUGCACCAGUGACAAUAAUGUGGGACUGAUCUGUUCAGGUUACACAGAGGCCAAACUGAUGAAUGGUUCAGACUCUUGUUCUGGAAGAGUGGAGCUUCGGUUCAUCAAUAAGUGGGGCACAGUAUGUGAUGCAUGCUGGGAUAUGAGAGCUGCCAGUGUCCUCUGUAGACAGUUGAACUGUGGGAUUGCUGUGUCUGUUGUGGGAUCAGACUGGUUUGGAGAGGGAAGUGGUGAAAUCUGGGCUGAUGUGUUUGAUUGUGACGGGAAUGAAACAAAACUCUCAGAAUGUUCCAUCUCUUCAUGGAGUCGAGCUGAAUGUUCUCAUAGACGAGAUGUUGGAGUCAUCUGCUCUGAUUCCUCUCUAGCUAUUCAUGAUGGUCUGGUGCGGUUGUCUGGAGAGAGACAGUGUGAGGGGGAGGUGGAAGUUUCCAUCCAUCAGGUCUGGAGGAGAGUUCUGCUGGACUCCUGGAGUCUCACUGAAUCCUCUGUGGUCUGCAGACAGCUGGGAUGUGGCUCUGUGCUGAACUUCUCCGGCUCCUCUUCAUCCAGUCCUGAACACAGUCAUGAGUGUGUGACGGGCUUCCAGUGCUCUGGGAGUGAAGCUCAUCUGGGGAACUGCAGCUCUCCACAAACUCUCAACUGCAGCUCCACACAACAGCUGUCAAUCACCUGCCUUGGUCGCGGGUCCAUCAGGCUGGUGGGUUCUGGGGGAGACUGUGCAGGGAGGCUGGAGGUUUUUCACAGCGGCUCAUGGGGGACAGUGUGUGAUGACUCCUGGGAUAUUAAAGAUGCCCAUGUGGUGUGCAGACAGCUGCAGUGUGGAGUGGCCCUCAGUAACCAGCAGGUACCAGCCUGGUUUGGUCCUGGUUCUGGACCCAUAUGGCUGGAUGAGGUGGAGUGUGAGGGGAAUGAGACGUCCCUGUGGAGCUGCUCUUCUCCAGGCUGGGGAAAACAUGACUGUCAACACAAGGAGGAUGUAGGAGUCGUGUGCUCAGAGUCUAAAGAGAUCAGGUUAACUGAUGGCUGUGAAGGGAAUUUGGAGGUUUUCUACAAUGGAUCCUGGGGUAAUGUGUGCUGGAACAAGAUGGACAGAGACACAGUGAGUCUGAUCUGUCAGGAGCUGAACUGUGGAAGAUCUGGUGUUUUGUCUGAUUCUACAACAAGACUGGAAUCAGCUCGUAACUGGCUGGAUGAAGUGAAAUGUCGACCACAUGAUUCAAAUCUGUGGCAGUGUUCAUCUUCACCCUGGGGAGAGAAUGACUGUGGUGAAGAUGAAGUGGCCAAAAUCACCUGUUUGGAACAGGAGAGUCAUGAGUCUCCUAGAAGCUCUUUGUCAUGCUCCACAUCUCCACAUCAGAGACAGUGUUCAGAUCAUGUUCCUCUCAGACUGAGUGGAGGGGAGGGCCGGUGCUCUGGGAGGCUGGAGGUGUAUCAUAACGCUGUGUGGGGCUCAGUCUGUGGUGAUCUGUGGGACAUCAGCGAUGCUCAGGUGGUCUGCAGACAGCUGGGUUGUGGAGCAGCACUGAGGGCUGAUGGGAAUUCAGUCUUUGGUGCUGGUAAAGAUGUUGUGUGGCUGAACGGAGUCGAGUGCAGAGGGAAUGAGAUUCACCUGUGGGACUGUCCUCUCUCCCUGAAAAACCACACUGACUGCUCCAACAAAGAGCACGCUGGACUCACCUGUGCAGAUUUGUUAGUGUCCACUACUCCUGCCACAACAACAUCAUCUUCUCCUCCAGUUUCUCAGACAGUGAGCUCAACAUCAGUCUCUCGUCCACAAACUCCUCCAGCAGCGUCUCUCUCUGUGCUUGUGAUUGUACUGGGAGUUGUGCUCUUACUGCUCUUAGUGCCACUGCUUAUACUGAUUCAGCAGAACAGAGUGAUGAGGAGAGCUCUCUCUAAGAGGAGACACAGGAGCACAACUGAGGCCGUUUAUGAGGAGAUUCAUCACAGACACAAUCACUUCACUCAGAGGGGGAGUCUCAUCUCUGAAGAACUGCAUUCUGGGUAUGAAGAUGCUGAUGAGCUUCUCUCAGAAAAAGAGUUCAAAAAUGCAUAUUAUGAUAAUGUCACCAACAGCAGUGGCAUGAAAGAAGAGAUGAAGGAAAUCACACCAGGAUACUAUGAUGAUGUCAUCACUGAUGGACUGAAACCAGAUCGUGAGACAGUGGAGGCACCAGAGAGUUAUGAUGAUGUCAUCAUUAUUGGACAGAGCUCUCAAGGGGUAACAGAAGGAGUUCAGGAGGAGUACGAUGAUGUGAUGAGUGUCACCGAAGAAAUGAGAAACCUGUCAGAUUAUGAUGAUGUGGGGGAGGAGUCAAUCAAAGAGGGAGGGGCUGAAUGACUGAAUGACCACACCCACUGCCUCUGCUCAACACAUUUGAACAUUCAAGAGUCAAGAGUGAUAAUUCUGUGUGAAAUCUCAGGUUUUAUGUUAUUUGAAAUCUUUCUGUAAUGAAACUUAGCUAAAUGUUUUUGUUUUUUUUGACAUUUUGGCUCCAUAACUAUAGUCCUAUGCCACAACAUUGAUGCAGUUAGAUUAUUGACAGCCGGAGCGCUCCCUCUAUAGGACAAUUGUGGUAAUAGCUAUUUCCAUUUAGCAGACACCUUCUCCAGCAGACCCUCCCAAUUUUUCUUUUGAAUUUAGUCAUUCUUCUAAUGUUUUCAAUCCAUCCUGUCUCCACCAUAGCCCACCCAGGAGUUUCUUUCCCACCUACCAAUAAUAAAACCUUUGUUUUUUAACAAUUAACUCUAGCAGAAGAGGCUUUUUCAUAUAUUCCAACAGUUUGAUUUAAGGUUGUAAUAUCUUCUUGACUUGUAAUAAAACAGUUAUUUUGUCUGCAUACGCUGAUAAAAAUAAUUAAAAAUUAUCAUUUGAAUUAAUUACAAUUCCUUUAAGAUUCCUCCUCACUCUGCACAACAAAGGUUCAAUAACCAAACUAUUGCCUGCAAAGUGGACAUCCUUGCACAAUGCCUCUCGACACAGGUUUUGGUUAAUAUUAAUUAUAUCCUGUAAUAAAAAGGAUCAUCCAUUACAGAUCUUUCAGGUAUGCAAUAUGUUUGAUCAUUAUGAACAUUAAUGUGUUUUGAUAAACAUUUUGGACAUUAUUUUAUAGUCAGUAGAUUCUGGUCUCUAGUUUGUGUCCUUUUUUUGGAAGCAGAGAUGAGACUACAACUUAUGGGAAGAGUUUUGCUUCUAAUGCAGUCUGACAAUGCUUCAUAAAAAAUUGUCCUAUUAUAUCUGAGAAUUGUUGAUAAAAGUCUACAGGUAAUCUAUCAAUACCUGGAGAAGCCAAUAUGUAACUGAUGAAUUGCUUCUGUAAGUUCUUUAAUUAAAGUGUCCAGUGCCUUUUUUGUUCAUUUCCAAGCUGAGGUCAUUCCAUAAGCAAAUCAUCACAGCUCUCAGCACUGUUUAUAAAAGUCUCAUGUUAACUUUCUCAUUUCAACUGGAUUUGAUGUUACUGGUCCAUCCUGACGACGAAAAUGUCAAAUCUGUUUUUUAAAAGAAAAUAAAGUCAAAUGUGCCUUGUGGUAUAUUUA